AUGAACGCCCCGUCUCAUCCCCGUAAUCACGACUCGCGGGUCGCGUCUUCGGAAUCAAAGGAUCAGAAGCCUGGGGGUGACUCUCAAAACUCACUGGCACCACCUCCACGUCCAUCUGGUGCGACUGCCAGCGAUACUCCCGAUUACUUCAACUCCGUUCACAACCCUUUCUCGCUCGAGCCCAAUCCAUUCGAACAAUCCUUCAGUGGUGGGAACCCAAACGAUACCCCCGGCAAGUCGCUACUGCCGCCCGUCGCAUCACUCACAUCACCUGCCUUGCCUGGCGCCAACUCAUCUGGCAGUUACAACUGGUCCAACUCCCUUCGCUCGGGUCCCCUCAGCCCGGCGAUGCUCCCCGGACCGACCGGCGGUAAUGACUACUUUGAGAACAUCGGUAGAGGUUUCCCUACCCCGAACGAGUCCUCCCUCCGCACGGGACUGACCCCUGGAGGAGGAGGCUCGAUGUUCCCCGCCCCGAGUCCCAAUUCACAAGCUCUGCUCCAACAACUUCAGAACGGCGGAGCGACUCCGUCGACCAUGGAAUUCCACCGCACUGCCUUGGCCGCCAAAAAGAACGCUGGUGGUCCGACAUCGAACGCACAGGAACAAGAUACGAAGUCUAAUAUGGAUUCCAAAGGCGCACCGCCUGUUGGCGACCAGUUCACUCAGCAUGAUGCUGCCGAUGCCGCCAACGGCCUUUUCAUGCUGGCCAAGGGUGGCCAGGCCAACAACAUGACAAUGAACCAAACGGCCCUGCAAAAUGAGACCCGCGCGGCCGCCGCCAGACGCGCAUCGCAAAAUGUCAACGGCACUGGUGUUCGUGAGACGAGUGGCGAUGGAUCAGACCAGGAGCUUGGCAAGUCGGCUGCCAAGGGCAAGGGCAAGAAGAACACUCCCAAGGCGGCCCCCGCCAACAACCGACGCAAGGCAGACGAUGGUCCCAAGGGCACGAACAAGAAGAUCAAGAUGGAUUCGCCCUCUGACAUGGAAUCCGAUGACGAGGAUCUCAAUCUUGGAAUGGACCCAAAGAAGAUGACAGAUGAGGAAAAACGACGUAACUUCCUAGAGCGGAAUCGUGUCGCGGCCCUGAAGUGCCGUCAGCGCAAGAAGCAAUGGUUGGCCAACCUCCAGGCCAAGGUUGAGCUCUUUACCACAGAAAACGAUGCUCUGACCGCUACAGUCACACAGCUUAGAGAGGAAAUUGUCAACUUGAAAACCCUUCUGCUGGCUCACAAGGAUUGCCCCGUCUCUCAAGCCCAAGGCCUUGGCCCACUGAUGAUGCAGGGCAUGUCGGCUGGCUUCGACCCGCAUGGCUAUAUGUCUCAAGGCAUGGGCAUGCCACCUGGUGCCCCGAUCCCCACUCAGGGAAUGCGUCGUUAA